AUGACUAAAGAAAAGAAGCCUCAUGAGUCCAAGGACGAGGGUAUCGAUGGUGUUCAGCAACAGGCGGCCGCCCUUGGCUCGUUGAAGAGUGUGACGACUCGUUUGAAGUUCUCGGACGUGGUAUCGGCCCCUGAAGGGUCCUUCAUACGGAUAACCGACGUAGAUGCUCCGACGUGCAGGAGCAGGUGGGCCCGUAUCGCUAUUGAGGUUAGAAUGCGUAGUGGUGAUGAUGGUGACGAUAUGGAGGUUGAAUACGAGAACUCCUUUGAGGAACCCCUGGACGCUAGGACGGCCAUAGGCACACACAGAGUGGUCUCAGCAACUGCCACCUACCUACGGGACCAUCAGUUGCAGCAGGGCAUUGAGACAAUGAUAGCGGAGCUUCUAGUGAAGAUGCCUGACGAUCCAUGGGACCACAUCGGGGCCUGGGCAUCGGCACGACGGAAGGCUGAUGCAGAGGGGCCUAGUUGA